UGUAUCUCAAACCCUCAAACACAAACGAAGGCAACCCAUGUCUCCAAGAACACAAGCAGUGACACACACCAACUCUUCCAUUAGAACAUCGUCGAGACCCAAGCGGAGACCCAAGAACAUCGCCGACGAAAUCACCGACAUCUGAAAGCACGUGAGCAUCAACCACAAUCCGAGCCACUCCUCGGUCCAGUCGCCGAUGUUGCUGCCGCAAGCGACACAGAGUGACUUCGUCUCUGUUCGUCGUCAGAUCGUUCCUCUGUUCUUCAUCGUUAGAUCGUUCUUCCUGUUCUUCUUCAGGUCUGUUGUUCUUCAAGUACCAAAAUCGAUGAACCCAAAUCUCCCUAACCCAGGAGUGACGGAGGCAGCGGCAGCGAAGCUCCAAGUGAAGGUCAUCUGUACGUAAAGAGUGAUGUCUAUGGUUUUGGUGUGGUUCUGCUCGAAAUGCUAACCGGCAAGCGAGCAGUUGAUGCAAAUAGGCCUAGUGGGCAGCAAAAUCUGGUUGAGUGGCUUAAGCCAUCUCUCUCUAAUAAAAGAAAGUUGAAGAGCAUUAUGGAUAUACGGAUGGAAGGCCAAUAUUCAACUGAGGCAGCAUUACUAGCAGUACAACUCACUCUAAAAUGCCUAGAAUCAGAACCUAAAAACCGGCCUGCCAUGAAAGAAGUGGUGGAGACAUUGGAAAGGAUUGAAGCAAAUAGGUAAUAAACAAAAGAUUCCAAAAUUAACUCUGCUCAUUCGACACCUCACCAUCGUAGCCAACAACCUAUUCAUCAUCGAUUCACCGGAGCAAGGUUUGAAGUCUCUCCUCGGUCAUCCAGAUAGAUACUCAUGGUCAUUUGAUUUGAAAUUUUAUGCUUAUUUUGGCACUGGGAAGGUUGUCUGCUAGUUCAUAUAAUGGAGAAAGACAGAGGUGACAGUGCAAACCAAUUUUUUGGAGGUCUUGGUAGUUUUUUGAGAAAAUGCAUUUUUAGAAUUUUGUCAAUGGGUCCCAUUCCCAAUCACAUUGCCUUCAUCAUGGAUGGAAAUCGAAGGUAUGCAAAGAAGCAGGGCAUGGAAGAAGGGGCUGGCCACAAGUCUGGGUUUUUGGCUCUCAUGAAGAUACUUUGUUACUGCUAUGAACUGGGAGUGAAAUACUUGACAGUAUAUGCCUUCAGCAUUGAGAAUUUCAAAAGGAAACCUGAAGAGGUUCAAUGCUUGAUGGAUCUAAUGCUGGAAAAGAUCGGUGAGUUGCUCAAGGAAGAAAGUGUUGUGAAUCAAUAUGGUAUCAGACUAUAUUUUAUAGGUAACCUGAAGCUUUUGAGCGAGCCUGUCAGGGUCGCAGCAGAAAAGGCAAUGGCAGCUACUGCCAAAAACACCAAGACUGUGCUUUUAAUCUGUGUGGCCUAUACUUCUUAUGAUGAAAUUGUGCAUGCUGUUCAAGAAUCCUGCAAGGAAAAAAGGAAUGAAAUUGAAACACUGUAUGCAAGUAAAGUUAGCAAUGGUGUGACUGAAGUAGUUGAAGAGGGUGAGAUAAAUGGAACCACUGAACAUGAUGUUCAAGGAUCUUGUGAAAAUAGCUUGAGUGAAUCCCAAGCAUUGAACACAACUAGAGCUUGCAAUGGUGUGAUUGGAGUUGAAAAGAAAAAAGGAGUAACUUUGCAUGCUGUUCAAGGAUCCUGUGAAGAUAAAUGGGAUGAAGCCACAAGUAGAACUUCCAAUGGUGUGACUGAAGGAGUUGCGGAUGGCAAAAAGAAGCAGUGGAUGCAUCCUACUAUAAAGCUGGUGGACAUUGAGAAGAACAUGUACAUGGGAGUGGCACCUGACCCAGAAAUCCUUAUCCGAACUUCUGGAGAGAACCGCCUCAGCAAUUUCCUCCUUUGGCAGACUACUAAUUGUCCAUUGUACUCUCCAUCUGCACUGUGGCCGGAGAUAGGUUUAUGGCAUUUGAUAUGGGCAGUAUUGAACUUCCAACAAAGUCACUACUAUUUUGAGAAGAAAAGGAAGCAGUUAUAAAUUCUUUAGGCCACACGAACCUUACUAGUAUAGGUUGUGCCAUAAUCACACAGGGACCAUUCUUAAAUAGCUAUCUGAGCUUUGGAAGCUUGAGCAGUGGGUUGCAUUGAUGCUGAUUGUAAGAAUUUGUUUAAUGGCCAGGCCUUUAGAAUUGUGUUUGCUUAUGGAACUUAAAUAAAGCAUCCUUACUUUUUUUGAUC